ACCGACAAAAAAUUAUAAUUAUAUUUUAAAAUUUACCAAAACCAUUAAAAAUGUAUUCAAUAUCUCAAUUAUUAUUCAUAGAUUUUAAUUUAUGUAUUUAUUGAUACGAAGACUAUAUAAAAUAGAAAUGAAGUCAUUCUUUGGUGGAGAUAAACCAAAAAGUGUAUAUAUACUAGUCUCUGAUUUCAAAUUUGAAGAAAACAUUGCUUUGCUUUCCCUUAAAUUAAACCCCAAACAUGCAAGUUCAAACAGUAGACAAAAAUAUUUCCAACCUUCUUGUCACCCAAAAAAAAAUCAUGUCGACCGAUGAGACUUUAACUGAUUCGCAAUUUCAGCUGGUUCCCGCUUAUGGCUCUUCUUCAGACAACAUGAGAGAAGAAGAUGUGAAGCGCCUACAUGACAAAGUCUUGAGAUUUUUCGUUAUGAAACUUUCAGGCAUACAACUUGGCUCCAAGAUUGAAGGGAUCAUCGAUGGGAAGUUUGAUAAGGGCUAUCUUGUGACCAUAAAGAUGGGAUCACAGGAGCUCACAGGAGUGCUUUACCACUCUGCUCCUCCCGAAACUCCUCGAAGACGCAAGAAGAAAGCAAAACUGUCUCAUGUGUAUUCUUUGCGCCCUAAGUUCCCCAGAAGCGGCUAUAACUUCUUCUUCUCCGAGGAGUACAAGAGGCUUAAGGCUGCGUACGCUGGGCAGGAACAUUACCUAACCAAGGAGAUCGGGAACAAUUGGAGGAACCUCUCUCCAUCUGAUAGAGAGGUUUUUCAAGAAAAGGGGGCUGAGGAUAUAGAGAGGUACAAGAGAGAGAUGGCUGUGUACAAAUCCUUCGUUGAUUCUUUUGCUGCGGGAAGUGUUGCUGCGACUGAUAAUGCUGUGGCUAAGGCUGAAGCUGCGGAUGAAGCUGAGGAUGAGGCCGAGGCGGGUCUCUAGUUUGUCUUAUCUGCUUGCAACUUUCUUAUUUUUCAGCAUUUUAUAAUUUAAUAAUAAGUUGUAGAGUUGGCCAGAGAUUUACAUGCGUGUAAUAUUUGCCAACUUUUACAUAAGUUGUUGUCUUUCCUUUGUUCUUGUUUUCUCUGUUUUGCAACUUCUGGUGUGUCUCUCUCUGUUUUUCGGUUUCCCUUUGAGACUUUUAAUUUAAUCUUAAGUUAUUUAACUUUCUUA